AUGGAAGAGGGCCACAAGGAUAGCUCGGACUCGGCUGCUUCAUCAGACAUCGACAGGCUGCGGUUGAAAGAGUUACCACAGCCUGUCCAGGGUCGUAGCUCACGGCUCUGGAAGCUCACAGCUAUCCACAUUGUCAUCGUCAUCGCCUUUGUUGGCCUUUUACUAGGUGCUUACAAGGCAUCUCGCACCCACAAAUCCGAGGUCCGCCCUCAAUCGGAUACUCUCACCAAUGGCAGCUCAAUAUUUGCACCAACAACCAUCCUUAUCUCGCUUGACGGUUUCCGCGCCGACUUCCUCCACCGUAACAUUACACCUUCUUUGAGUGCAUUUGUUCAAACUGGCGUUUCACCAGAAUACAUGUCGCCGAGUUUCCCCUCCGUUACCUUCCCUAACCACUUCACCCUUGUCACCGGCUUAUAUCCUGAAGCCCACGGUGUCGUCGGUAAUAGCUUCUGGGACCCUGAGUUGAAAGAAGACUUCUUCUACACCGAUCCUGCCAGAAGCAUGCAGCCCAAGUGGUGGAAUGGAGAGCCCAUCUGGGUCACUGCCGAAGAGCAAGACGUUCGCGCCGCAAUCCACAUGUGGCCUGGAUCCGAAGCUCACAUUGGCAUCGAGCCUACCUUUGUCGACAAAUACAAAGGCCAUGAGCUACUUGCCAACAAGGUCGAUCGCAUACUCGGUCUUCUUGACCUUCCCGGUCCGUUUGACAAAGGCGCAAGCUCUGAUGCCCCAAGACCGCAAUUGAUCGCCGCCUACGUGCCGGACGUCGAUCGCGAUGGUCAUCUCUAUGGUCCCAACAGUACUGAGAUUAGAUCCACUAUCUCUAGUGUCGAUACCAUGUUGGGUCAGCUUUUCUCGGGAUUAGAGCAGCGAAAUCUGACAGACAUUGUCAACAUUGUCAUAGUUUCUGACCACGGUAUGGCUACGACAUCGACUUCUCGUUUAGUUCAGCUCGACGACAUCAUCGACAUGUCUGUUAUAGAACGUACCGACGGAUGGCCGCUAUACGGUCUUCGUCCAAAAGAUGAGUCAGAUAUCGAGCCUCUCUACAAUAAGCUUAAGCAAGAAGCGGCAAGUAUGAGCGGUUUCGAUGUUUAUCUGAGAGAUCGCGACAUGCCUGAGCGUUACCACUUUUCACAGAACGACCGUAUCGCGCCUCUUUGGGUGAUACCUUGGACUGGAUGGGCCAUCGUGGUCAAAGAAGAGUUCAAUGUCGAAGAGGCGAAGAAAAGUGGCCAAGUCUAUCAUCCUCGAGGCGUACAUGGAUACGACCAUGAACAUCCACUGAUGCGUGCAAUCUUCGUGGCCAGGGGCCCCGCCUUCCCUCAUACCCCGGGCAGCAAAGUGGACGUCUUCCAAAACAUCGAGGUCUACAACCUUGUAUGUGAUUCGGUAGGAGUUGUGCCCAAGCCGAACAACGGAACUCUGCGUCUACCACUCAAGCCUAUCGGAUUGCACGAUUUUAUGCCGCCUAGUGAUAUGCCAGAAGAUAUGCCAGAAGACCCUCCCUCCACGUCGAAUGGGACCUCGACCGAAGUUGUGGAAACAACCUCAUUACUGACGCAAGUUUCACGACCAAUGAUUAUUGCCACAGACGCGCCUGUCCCUACCCGACCAGUCAUUCAUGAUGACGUGAGCCAGGAAGACGAAGACAACAAUGGCAAAGACACGAACUUAUGGUGGGAUUGGGUCAUGGGAAAACUCGAUGGCGCCAAAGACUGGGCGACUGGGUUAUAUGAUACAGUAUCCGACAAGAUCUCGGGCGCUGCAACGGAAUCAGGAAACAACGAAUGA